AUGUCUAUUCGUCUAAAUACACAUCGUUUAUCUACUAAAACUUCUAAAUCAUCAUCAUUGAUUCAUUUUCAUUAUGGUACAAAAGAAGAUGUUGGUUUUAAACGUUUAUUUCAUUUUUUUCAUCAAGCAUUUCCAUUAGCAUUUAAUCGUGAAACAUUUCAACGUGCAUAUGAUGCAUCUGAUAUAUCAAAAACUGUAUAUCGUACAAAAUACUGUUGUAAAUUAAAAAUUUAUGGUGCUAUUUUAGCAACAUCUAUAUUUGAUUCAAAUCAAAAACGUAAAUUAAAAAUUUUAAUGCUUGUUGAAGAUAAUCAUAGUAUACAUGCAAUUAAUAUUGGUAAACAUCUUUUAUUACAAAUGAUUGAAACAUGUAAACAAUUAGAAAAUAUUAUACAAAUUUAUGCAUAUGUUGAAUCAACAAAUAUUGAUGGAAUUAAUUUUUAUAAAAUGAUGGGAUUUCAACAACGAGAAAUUUUACAUGAUUAUUUUCCAUCACGUGCAUCAUUAACAUCGAAUGCUAUUAAACUUGAAUAUAGACUUCGAACAAGUAUAAGUAAUGAUUUAAUUAGUAAUAGUAAAACAAUGCUUAGUCCUAAUUCAACAAAAAAUAAUCAAGAUUCAUCAACUGAACUCAGUCCAUCAUCAAAUAUAAGUGAGCUUUCGACAGUCAAUAGUAAACUAUCAAAAACUAUUGAACCAAGUUAA